AUGGUAAAAGAUGAUUUGGUUAUUGGAUGGUUUAAUAAUGACAAGGAUACAGUGUUCAAAAAAAUUAUCAUUUAUAAAAAUAAUCUUAACAUACAAGUGUUUGUAAGCAAAGUCAUAGUGAAUGUUGAAGGAAUAAUGCAAACUGCUACAGACUUUGAAGAUAUUGAAAAAAUUAUAGCUAUAGUAAAUAAUUUACAAGCUUGCAGUGGCACUGGUCUUGAUAAAAGCCCACAAUCAGUUGCAUGCUAUGGUUAUGUUGAUGCAAAGAAACCAGGCACAUCAUUUACAGAUUCUCGUUGCACUGUAUGCUCUAAAGAAAGAAAAAAUAUGAUAGAUCUUCAGAGAAUAUAUACUUUAAGACAGAGAGAAAUAAAAAAAAAAUUAAAGAAACAGAAAAGCAUAGGUAGAGUCAAAAACAUUACUCGAAAGAAUAGCAGACUUAAUAAUAAAGUGUUUAAGUUAAAAGAAAAGGUAGGUUUGUUAAAACAGAAGUGUGCUACUGCAUCUGCUGCAGUAAUUGAAAAUGAAUUAACCAGGUUGCCUGAAAGUCAGCAAGAAGCAGUACGUGCUUGUUUUGCUGCUGCUAAAUUAAAAGAUCCUAAAGGAAAUCGUUAUUCUAUUAACUGGAUUUAUGAAUGCCUUUUGGUUAAAAUAAAAAGUAGAAAAGUUUAUGAACAUCUUCGUACAAAAAAAAUAUUAGCUUUACCCUGUAUAGAUACUUUAGGGAAAUAUAUAUCCAAAAUGUCUGGUCAGUAUGGUUUUCAACAAGCCAUUUUUGAUCUUUUAGCAAAAAAAGCAAAUUGUAUGGCUCCUGAAGAUAAACGAGGAAUUCUAUUAUUAGAUGAAAUGAAAUUAAGUGAAUCAGUUUCAUUUAAUAAAAAAACUCUAAAGGUUAAUGGUUUGGUUAACUUGGGCAAUUAUACUCCCGAACAUCAGAUAAAUAGUAAAGGUGAUCAUGCCUUGGUUUUAAUGUACCAACCAUUUCGAGGAAAGUGGGUCCAGGCCUUAGCAGUUUUUUUGAGCAAAGGUUGUGCUUCAAGUACAGUGUUACAUAAGAUUGUUAUGGAAUGUGUUAUUCUUUUGGAGAGAUCUGGUUUCCAUGUAGACGGCAUUGCAACUGAUGGCGCUACUUGGAAUCGUAGUAUGUGGACAAAGUUUGGAAUUUCGUCUGAAAAUGUUAGUUGUGAACAUAUUCAUGAUUCAUCAAGAAGUCUAUGGUUUUUGUCAGAUUUUCCCCACCUCAUUAAGAAUUUCAGAAAUUGCAUAGUGAAACAAAGUGAAUUUUGGGUAAUAUAA